UGGUAGACCGGGUUCGGGAACAAUUCUCUCCAGGGGGGGAUGCGCUUAAAAAUCGACCCCGCGCGGGGACGCCGCCCUUCUCUUUGCUUCGCCUCUCCAUCGCUGCCCCAUUCACAGAUGUCGAGCGACCUGGGGAUUCUCGACUCCUUAGGGGAUGAAGCCAUCGGAGACAUCCUUCAGAGCUGGAGCGGCUUCUGCGCCUGUACCCAAGCCCUUCUCGAUGGUCGCGGCGAUCUCUCCGUCGGCCCCGACCUCGUCCCCCUAGUCGCCACCCUCUGCCGUCACGGCCUUGCUUCCCUCGUUCAGGAUCACUUCCUCCAUGCCCUCGAGGAGACAUUCAAGAAAAAUGCAGUCUUCAAAUUUUGGCAGCAACUUGAUGCUUACCAUGAUGCUCAAACAUUGGAAAGUCAGGAAGGUUGGCCUGAGGAAAUAUUAAGUAAGUCAUUGGAAGAGAUAUGCUCAGAAAAAGGUUAUCAGGAAAAAUGCCUUUUGAUUCUCAUUCACACUUUUCAGUCAUGUGAGGAGAGUGUAUCAUCAGAAAAGGUGAAAUUAGAGCAAUAUGGAUCCAAUCUUAUUUCUAGAUACCAGUUGAUUGUAUCGUCGGUUCUUCUAACAACACUUCCUUGGCAUUUUCCUGAGGUGCUGCGCUUUUAUUUUAAAAAAAAGUUGGAGGAGCUAAGCACUAUGAUGGAUGAGGAUUAUGAAGAUGGACACAGAUUCCCAAUUGAUGACCAGAAGAACAAGAGUAACCUUGCAAUUGGAAAUAUGGAUGUUGAUGGGAGUAAUCAUGAGACAGUUUUUUUAAGGAACAAUUCCUUGGUUAAAAACAUUGGUGCUGUUGUUCGUGAUCUGAGAAGUCUUGGUUUUACAUCCAUGACUGAAGAUGCUUAUGCUUCUGCUAUCUUUUCACUCUUGAAGGCCAAAGUUCAUAAUUUAGCUGGUGAUGAUUACAGGGCUCCUGUUCUUGGAUCUAUCAAGGACUGGAUUCAGGCUGUUCCUCUGCAGUUCUUACAUGCUCUUCUAGCAUAUCUGGGUGAUUCAUUUGACCAUGAUAGCAUGUCAUCUGGUCUUAAAUCGCCUUUGGCUUCACGUCCAUCAUGUUACCCAGGGAUUGAUUUUCCUUCUGAAGGGCUUGUUAGAUGGCAGCUGCGCCUUGAGUAUUUUGCUUACGAAACAUUGCAAGACUUGAGAAUAGGCAAACUUUUCGAGAUUAUCGUGGAUUAUCCUGAGAGCUAUCCUGCAAUUCAAGACUUGAAGCAGUGUCUAGAAUAUACAGGGCAGCACUCAAAGCUUGUUGAUUCAUUCAUUUCUGCUUUAAGAUAUCGCCUACUCACUGCUGGUGCCUCAACUUAUGAUAUAUUGCACCAAUAUGUGUCCACUAUCAAGGCACUCCGAAUAAUAGACCCUACUGGUGUAUUUCUUGAGGCAGUAGGUGAACCAAUUAGGGAUUAUUUGAGGGGAAGAAAAGAUACCAUAAAAUGCAUUGUUACCAUGCUUACUGAUGGGCCUGGGGGAAAUCCUAGUGGCCCAGGAAAUGCUGGUGAUAGUCUUCUUGAAGAGUUAAAUAGAGAUGCAGAGAACCAAGAGAGUACUGAUUAUGAUGAUGAUAUCAAUUCCGACGACAAGCAAGCAUGGAUAAAUGCCGAACGCUGGGAACCAGAUCCAGUGGAGGCAGAUCCCUCAAAAGGUAGCAGGAACAGAAGGAAGAUUGAUGUACUUGGAAUGAUGGUCAACAUAAUUGGUUCGAAGGACCAGCUAGUUAAUGAGUACCGCGUUAUGCUGGCAGAAAAGCUUCUAAAUAAAUCUGAUUAUGAUAUUGACUCAGAGAUACGUACCUUAGAGCUCCUUAAGAUACACUUAGGAGAGAGUAGCAUACAGAAAUGUGAAAUUAUGCUUAAUGAUUUGAUUGAUUCAAAGAGGACAAAUGCUAAUAUUAAAGCAUCUCUUCCCCAGCCAUCUCUCUGCGGUGCCAAGCAAGGAGAGACAGACAUCUCUCUGGAUAUUCUAGAUGCAACAAUAAUAUCUUCAAACUUUUGGCCACCGAUACAGGCCGAGUCUCUUAACAUCCCUGCUUCUGUGGAUCAACUACUAUGUGAUUAUGCAAAGAGGUUCCAUGAGAUCAAGACACCUCGUAAGCUAUUGUGGAAGCAAAAUCUUGGAACAGUGAAGUUGGAACUGCAAUUUGAAGAUCGGAACAUGCAGUUUACUGUGACUCCCGUGCAUGCAGCGAUUAUUAUGCAAUUUCAGGAGCAAACAAGUUGGACUUCCAAGAAUCUAGCGGCAGCUACUGGGAUACCUGUGGAUACACUUAACCGGAGAAUAAAUUUUUGGAUCAGCAAGGGAAUCCUAGCAGGGUCAGCUGGAUCAGAUUCCAAUGAUCAUGUCUUUACCAUUGUUGAUGACAUGAAUACUAAUGGCCUUAUCCAUGAGAGUUCUGAAGGACUUUUAGCAGCAGAUGAGGAAGGCGAGAGAUCUGUGGCCUCUGUUGAGGAACAGCUGCGGAAAGAGAUGACUGUAUAUGAGAAAUUCAUCAUAGGGAUGCUCACCAAUUUUGGCAGUAUGGCACUGGAUAGGAUACAUAAUACUUUGAAGAUGUUCUGUGUUGCUGAACCUUCUUAUGACAAGUCACUCCAGCAACUGCAGAGCUUUCUGACUGGUCUUAUAACCGAGGAGAAGCUAGAAAUGAGGGAUGGGUUGUACUUUCUGAAGAAGUAACUAUUACUGCAACUUGUCAGUCUUGCAUGUUCACGAAGUGCGGCCAGAUUUUGUGGCUGCAUUUCAAUCAAAAGCAAUGGAGAAAGGGGGUUGUUGGAGGAAGGAUUCCUGUGAUGUUGCAAUUAAAUCUUUGCUGGAUCUGCAAACAUGACAAAAAUGACUGCCUUUUUUAUUCUGGUGGCUAUUCUGAUGAAAGGAAGGAAAAAAAGAGGUCGUAAUAGAAAGAUUUCCUGUUAUGUUGGAAUCAAGUCUUUGCUGGUUUCGCAUACAUGAUAAAAGUGAUGGCCUUUGUGGUUCUGGCACCUAAUUUUAAAUUACAAAAACAGAAACAGGAGACUGUUAUAAGAAAGAUUGCUGUGAUGGUGAAAUCAAGUUGUAUCUUGAAGUUGUAACUAAUACUAGGAGUAAAUAUUGAUCUUACUCUUCAUUACUUCUCCCAUGUAACUCGUCUUAAAAUUAUUUGGCUUCUGUAUGGUGGUUCCGUCAGCCUCAUUUAGCUGAGCCCUAUCUUGAAGUUGUAAUUAAUACUAGGAGUAAAUAUUGAUAUUACUCUUCAUUUCUUCUCCUAUGUAUCUUGUCUUAAAAUUA